CCGGUUUGGACUUGUCACUUGCACGGUGAAGUUUUGAGAAGCUGGUGAUUCGAGAUGUUGUUUUUGCAGAGGGGAAUGGUGGUCCUCACUGUCACCCUCCGACACGAUCAGAUAUGUUCAGGUGUGAAAGACGGCCCUCUCGUGGAUCCCAAUCUUUAAGUCUGCUUCUUGCAACGCUCAAGCCAGAAACGUACUGCUAAUCCUCCAGCAUAUGUACUAUACCAAUGAGAUAAACAAGAAAAUCCCAGAAACAACUUUUUGCCUCGAGCUUAGCCAGAUGUUUCUAAAGGAGGAUCUCAAACGUUGGCGAACAAAGUCAAAACUCAAGAAUGCAGAUGAUCUGCCUGUGAUUCUUUGCAAGUACCCAUUUGUGAUGGAUCUGAAAUCAAAGAAACUGGUUUUUGACAUGAAUUCUGCAUUCACUCAGAAUGAACAGCAGGCGCCUCCACAGAUGCUUUUUGUUUUUCCUUACGGAUGGAUUCCCCAGUCAAAACCCAAAUUUUUUAAACUGCACCUGCAGCGCGCAUCACUUUUCGAAAGCACCUUCAGAGAGCUGGCAGCUGCUCCUCACAGCGACUUCAAGAAGCCACCUUGUGGUCCAUUUUGAUGAGGACCCAAACACCAAAGAUGUCUACAAACGAGACCUUUUUCACCACCUGUUUCUUAAAAUGGUGUCAGAAGAAUCUGGGAUGUUCAUGCUCAAUGACUCCAAAACCCUGGCAUGGUUUCCCUCCAAUGCAACAGAAGAGAGCAAGAGAAACUUCUUCCUGUUUGGACUACUGUGUGGCUUGGCCUUGUACAACCAGUGUAUCAUACACUUACCAUUCCCACUGGUUCUGUUCAAGAAGCUACUCAGUUUAGAGCCGACACUGGAGGAUAUGAUGGAGUUCAGCCCGACUGUAGGACGGACUCUGCAGACCAUCUUAAACUAUGAAGAUGAUGUUCUGGAUAAUCUCUACAUGGACUUUUGGAUAAACUGGGAUGGAAUAGAUGUUGACCUGGAUCCUCAAACUCCUGGAAAGCCACUGACAAGUCAAAAUAAGAAGGAGUUUGUGGAUGCCUACGUGAAUCAUGCCUUCAACACAUCAGUGGAGAAUGUGUUUCAGGAGUUCAAGAGAGGCUUCUUCCUGGUGUGUGAGCAGGAUUUGGUGAAACUCUUCAGGCCAAAGGAGCUGCAAGAAGUGAUGGUGGGCAAAGACUUCAGUGACUGGGAAAAGCUGAAACAGAUAAACAGCUGUUAG